UGAGUUGAUGUACUGAUGUGUUAUCUUUUAUAUUGGGGGAGAAUCUUAGUGUAAAGAUGGCUUUUUUUUCGCUUGACCUUUGCGUUGCUCUGACUCUGUCGGCAGCCGAGCCUGCUGGCGCUGGUGCCAUUGGUAAUGAACGGGUAGUUCACCGGGAUGUACACGAUAUGUCAGAUGCCCAGAUGGACUUCUUGAAUAAGCCUGUUUCAGAGGUGUGGAAAGCAACCAAAAGGACUCUGGCAGAGAUAAUGGACAGCAAUGAAGGUGUUAGGAGUCCUGGAACCUCAACCCAAAGGAGCACAUAUGACCAGGAACUGAAGAGGGACUCCGAACCAUCUGGCUCAUCAUCACAGUCGCCAAGCACGAGCAGAAAGUCACGGUCAAGUUUUGCUCACGUUAAAGGUCGCCACCGUUCUUCGGAGAGCAACCUCAACAUGGACAACCAGGUCACUGAACGGGAGAAUAGACCUAUGGAUUGCAACGAGGGGAUGAGAACAGAAAUUGGCAGUGGUCAACGUAAUGCAUCCAAUGACUCCUUGGACUUUGCAGAGGUCCAGACAAGUCCUCCACAGCCAGUGAUGCCCAAGAUCAAAGGCAAGGACAAGCAAAGCUCUGACAGGGAGAGGACCAAGACCGCUUGGACCAAGUUCAGGUUAGGGUACCUGGGUAAGACCUCCAAUUCAACUGAGGUGGAUGAUAGCGAGAGGGGUGGUGCAGAUAAGUCGCCCAUUUUGCCAUCACUUAUGGACAAAUCCUCUCCUGCCUACAUUAGCACGAACAGCAGCGGUGUUGGCAGUCCAGGAAAGACCAAAUCAGCCAGUAGGGCUUCUAGAAGAUCUCGCGGGGAAAUCAACCUCAAGGGUUUUGACUUCCGUUCCCGCUUCCGCAGCAACUCCAGCGACCGUGCGACGAUGAGACGGAGGGAGCGGGAGGAGAGGGAAAGGACGAGACGGUCAUCGUAUACCAGAUCGACGUCGUUUGAUGCAAAUGACGAGGUAGAGGAUGAGACGAAUACUGCCAGUGAUGAAGCCGGAGAUGAGGACCAAUCAGAAAAGGUUAAGAGCAAGCUGCUGUCCAUGUGGAAUAAUGUUAAAUAUGGAUGGACAGUGAAGACCAAGACCAAUUUCAGCAUCCACAAACCAAUCUGGUUCCUUGGGAAGUGCUACCAUCAGAGACCUGAAGAUCCGGACCCUGAGCGGCCACCCGGGAUGGAUUCAGUUCGCUCCAUGGUGAUUGAGAUGUUCAAGCAAGACUUCAGCUCCCGUCUCUGGAUGACGUACCGCAGGGAGUUCCCCACCCUGGCGGGAUCCAACUUCACCAGCGACUGUGGGUGGGGGUGUAUGCUGAGGAGCGGACAGAUGAUGUUAGCACACAGCCUCAUACUCCACUUCUUGGGCAGGGAAUGGAAUAUAUACAAGCCUCAGACCCAAGAGAUGCUCCAAUUCCAUCGUCAGAUUGUGCGAUGGUUUGGUGACCAGCCCCUGGACAUGAGUCCUUUCUCUGUUCAUCGGUUGGUCGGUAUCGGUCAGAACAAUGGCAAGAAGGUCGGUGACUGGUACGGUCCCUCGUCAGUUGCACACAUCUUGAAGGAAGCAAUGGACUCUGCUCAUGAGCUGAAUCCACUUCUAGGUGAAGUCUGCAUCUAUGUGGCACAGGACUGCACAGUGUACAAGCAGGAUGUAAUUGAUCUGUGCAGAAGUAAAUCCAAAAAGAGGCUGCAACCUGUUUAUAGGGACAUACCAUCCUCUGAGGAUAAUUCACCUGUCAAAUGUACUACCAACCCCAACAAGGGCCCAGCAUACCUCCCUGGGGUACAACAUGAACACUUACAAAGGAGCAGUCCCAUUGUCACCAAAGAUCAAAGGCAGAGUACUUCCAGUCUGGACAGUGGGACCAGGGUUGGGUCCAGGUUGGCGCAAAGUCAUGAGAGGAUUCUGAGCAUGUACUCUGGAUCAGGUAGGAGUGAGGCAUCCUCAAGGUCCAGCACCAAUGGUUCACAGAACAAUGUCACAAGUACUAGUGGUCUAAAGGAUGGUCCAAGUCCUCAUGACUCAAACAUGCAUAGACCAGGUUCCAGAGACGGUUCAAGUGGCCAACAAUACAGCACUAGCUUGCCAGUGAGGACUGAUGUCGGUCUUUAUUCAGAAUCGCCAGAUACUAGUAGAGAAGAGAGAUUUAAUAUGGAAGAUGGAUUAGCUCUUGAUAGCUGUACUGGUGGUGACCUGAACGAGAGGGAUAAUGAGAGGACAAAAGAUUCUGCUCAAGGCAGUGUUGAUAUGAAGGAUGUGUCAGAAAUGUCCAAUAUUGAGGACGAGGAUGAGGAUGUGUUUGGUUCAAGCGAGGAGGAAGUUAGGACUAGAAAUCCGAGUUAUCUUUAUACAAACUCUCCUCUCUCGCACCAAUCAACAUCAGAGAGUUCCUCGAGGUCGGAAGCUUCUCCUGACGAUCUUGUCACAAACAGUUCCUCUCAUCCCCACCCGCACCACAGUCCUGCAGUUCUAGACUCUGAGAAUAACAUUGGGGGUAGCCCUGGUGAUGUAUUCACCACAGAUGCGGGAGAACCGCCUAUCGACCCGUCUCGCUCGAGGACUAGCACAUCAACAGAGGGCGGCAAGCCUUGGUGUGCAGUUGUUAUCAUGAUUCCGGUCAGGUUAGGUGGAGAUGAAGUGAACCCUGUUUACAUCAGACCCAUCCAGUCACUGUUCACACUUGAAAGCUGCCUUGGUAUCAUCGGUGGAAAACCAAAACACUCCCUGUUUUUUGUCGGUUUUCAAGAGGAGAAGUUGAUUCAUCUGGAUCCUCAUUACUGUCAGCAGGUCGUGGAUAUGAAGACCCGGGACUUCCCCUUAUGGUCAUUCCACUGCAUGUCACCUCGAAAGAUGAGUAUCUCUAAGAUGGAUCCUAGUUGUACCAUAGGCUUCUACAUCAGGACAGAGGAACAGUUUGAGCAGCUAUGCAAAGAACUUCCAACAGUUGUGUCCCCCCUUGGUUCCCAUUCCAGUGACUAUCCCAUGUUCAUUGUGAGGGACGGACGAUGCGGGGACUGGCAGAAUAAGAACACCAACACCAACAGACCUGAGAGGUAUCUCAGGGUGCGUCAUGUCGAUGAGAACGGAAGACUCAUUGCCCCCGUCAAGGAAUCUGAAGACUUUGUCCUUUUGGAUAGCUAGAGGAUACAUCUGAGAUCAUGAAGAAUGGACAUCAGAGGGACUUGCAGAAUAAGAACAACCACACCAAAAGACUUGCGACAUACCUCAUGGUAUGGUAAUGGCAAAAUAACCACCUGUCAGUGACCAUGCAGUGAGGUCUAAUUCCCCCUGGCCAAACUAGUGCAGAUAGGCUUUAAGCCCAUUAAGGGAUUUGAAAACAUUGUUCUUCAGGAUAUUUGGACAGUGUCAGACUGUCCAAAACUUGCCUGAGAUGACAGAAUUUCAAUUGAAGGAAUGUAUGGAUCUUAGGCAUAUAUAGCUGCCUCAUUUUACACUGCCCCGCUCUGUACUUAUUAUGAACUUCUGAUUAUCACAUAUACAUUUUUUUUUUAAACUUCUGUAUUAUCUUUUAUUCAUUGUUUGUAGAAAAAUUUGUUGUGUUAUAUGAAUUUGACAAAGUACUUAUUUCAUUAUCAUACCAAUCAUCGUUAUCUUGCUGUUUCUCAGGAGUAAGUGUCCGUUAAACCUCCUACGUAGAGACAGAAGACACUUCAGAGAUUUACUUACCAUCAUCUUUAUAAACAGAAACGCUCUAACUCUUAUCCGUUUAAGACAGUUUAAAGGCCCACUGCACUACUUAUAGCUACUUGCGCCCUCUAUACAGCAAACAAUGCCUAAUCGGUGACCACUGGUCCAUGAUCCUCCUUUUCUUAUGUUAAUUGAGAGCUGAUUUGAUGGGAUAACUACCUGUCAUGUGACCUUGCAGGGUGGUCUAAUCCCUCCUGUACACUAGUACAGAUGGGCAUUAACACAGAUCACCUCUGUAUUUGCUCUCAGAUGAUGAAAGCUGUACACAUUGCAAUCAUGUUAUCCUAAUUAGUUGACACCUAAAUUUAUGCACAUUUAUGGAUACAUUUUUUGUGCAAAAUAGAAUCACUGAAAUAUUUGGUAGCUCAUCUACAGAGAUACAGUUUUUAAAUUGGUGUAUUGGUUUAUUGGAUGUAGCAUUGAUAUAAGUCAAAAUAAUGUCAUGUACUUGCUUUGAAUGUAGCUCCCGGGCUCUCCCUCACAAAUUAUGUAUAUUUCAGGCAUUAAUUUGUAAAUUUUGUAGAUACAUGUAUGAAGCAAGCAUCUAUGAAAAAUUCAAAUUUGAUAUAUUUUGGUUAUAUUUCUGUAAGCUACAUGGAUGUACAGAUACACAUGUACAUGUGCAUUUUUAUCAAUUUGAUUGCAGUACAUUAGACUGGAGCAGGGGGGCAGGGGAGGGGGUGACUAAGUGUUAAAUCUUAAAUGUGUACUUAUCUUAUUACAUUGUAUUUCCCUUCUAAUGGGAUGUUCUGAUAUAGAACCUGUAUUACUGGUAGACAUAUUUCUUUAUAUCAUUUUAUCAUAGUGAGGACUGUUUUAUUUUAUUUUUUUAUAAUAUAUCAUUGCUUAUCCAAAAUUAGAUUGUGUACUAUCUUAUAUGUACAUGUAUAUUGAAUUGUUUUAAGAGUGCUUGUAUUGCUGAUGAUGAAAUGUGCAUUUUAUUGUCGAUGUUAUUUGAUUUUGGGAUUGUGCAGUCUAAAAAAAAGUGGGAAAAACCAAUACCACGGUCUAUAGAUACUUGGGUGAUAUUGCUGAAAUGGUUAUGAAUAUUGUGUAAUGGGUUCUCUGGUUCUUACAUGAAAUAUUACUCGAAACUAAAUGGCAUGUAACUGUGAUUACACUAAACCAUAUUUUGUGUAUAAACUUACAUAUAUAUAGAGCAUUAUAAAAGCAAUUUUUUAGUCUAUUAAUUUUAAGUUUUUUUUUCAAAAUUCUAUUCAAAUACUAUAUUUGUUUUUCACUGAAAUAUAUCUGUUUAACUUCAUAUGCCCUGUAAUUUCAAACAAUAUCAGAUUUUAAAAUAUAUCUGUAAAACAUUAGUUUCAACUUCAAGUCAGUUCAAUAUAAUUAAUCUAAAAUCAGGAAUUAUAUGUAUAUAUUGUUUUUGAUCAUCAUUAAUGAUUUUUUAAAAAUAUAUCUGUAUUCUGAUCUGUACUGCUAGAUGUAUAUCAAUGAGCUAUUGUAUAAAAAUGUAGUUUCAAUACAGGUAUGUCUGCAAGUGUAAAUUUAGUCAAUACUUUUAAAGUGAGGAUAUAUUUGUGUGCAAAGUAUACAUCUUUGUCACUACCAAACUACAUAUGGUCAUUACGAGAUUGAACUAAAUAGUUUGUAGCAUAACGCUGAGGCAUUCCUAGAUCAGCCAUUACGGAACUCCAUCUUUGUUCAGUGAUGCCCAAUUUAAAAAUGACACUGCAAAACUGGCGUUUUUUAUGACGUUGCGUGUAAUUUAUAGGCUUCAUAUUUCUGUAUCUUUAUAACACAGAGCCUAGUGAAUAAGUCUACGGUAGGCCCUUUGUUGUGCAGAGUAUUGCCAUUCAUUUACAUGUAAUAAAACCACUGCAGAUUUUGUUUUGAGAUGGUUUAUGAUCGCGUCGUAUCUUCAAGUAGACAGACAGCCCAUGGGAUUAGAAAAGAAUAAACAGAUACAGAGGGGAACAGAGGCAGA